AGCGUGACAAAUAUAAUUUACUUGGUUGGGAGGGAGAUACCAUUUAUGAAAGCCGUCUUCGGCUCUCCAGAUUGCAAAAUUGUCCGUUCCACCUCAUUCGCUCACGAUCAGUCGUAGUGAAUGGAAGAUUGUGCCUCGCGAGUGCCAGAAAUUGUGCAGAAAAUUAAGUGAGAGUGAACCAAAGGUAGUGAUUGGAAAAAGUUUCAGACAAGUCACCUUGAUCGCGCAAUUACUGCCAUACAAUGGAAGUGUCUUUCACCAUUAAUGGAAAAUCCUAUCGAGUUGAGUCUGGGAAGCUAUCGCCCAACACUUCACUGAACACAUUCAUUCGCAGUCAUGCAAAUCUCACGGGAACGAAAUUCAUGUGUCAGGAGGGAGGAUGUGGUGCCUGUAUUGUUGCACUCAAGGGCAUUCAUCCAGUGACCAAGGAUCCCACCACAUGGGCAGUCAACUCCUGUCUGUUUCCGGUUUUCUCUUGUCAUGGAUUGGAUGUCCUGACCGUUGAAGGAUUGGGUGACAAGAAAAAUGGGUACCAUGUACUCCAAUCGCGUCUGGCCAAAAUGCACGGCACCCAGUGUGGCUACUGUUCUCCAGGAAUGGUCAUGAACAUGUACAGCUUGCUGGAGAGCAAAGGAGGGAAGGUAACGAUGGAAGAAGUGGAGAAUUCUUUUGGCGGGAACAUUUGCCGAUGCACAGGAUAUCGUCCAAUUCUCGAUGCUUACAAAUCUCUCGCCGUGGAUGCUGAUCCUGCUCUCAAACAGGCAUGUGGAGAUAUUGAGGAUUUACCUAAAGUAUGCCCUAAGACAGGAGAGUCCUGUCUGGGAAAGUGCCACAAGGCUCAAGCAUUGCAUUUGACUCUUGGAGAUGGGAAGGAGUGGCACAAAGUGUAUACAAUUGCUGACAUCCUCAAGGUGUUGGAUACAGUCGGAAGCCGUCCUUACAUGCUAGUGGCAGGAAACACUGCUCAUGGAGUGUACAGGAGAUCCCAGGACAUUGAAGUGUUCCUGGAUGUGAAUGCCGUAGAAGAGUUAAGAAGUCAUUCCAUUGGAGCGACUAUUGAUAUUGGCGCCAACAUUCCUUUGGCAGAAUUUAUGAAGGUUCUCACGGAAGCUGCUGAGAAACCAGAAUUCAAAUAUGCCGAACAUCUUUUGAACCACAUUGAUUUCGUGGCAAAUGUUCCGGUGAGGAAUGUUGGCUCUGUAGCUGGGAAUCUCACCAUUAAGCAUCAGCACAAUGAAUUCCCAUCGGAUAUCUUUCUCCUGCUCGUAACAGUUGGGGCUAAAUUCACCAUCAAGGACAGCAAAGGAAAUGAUCAGGUUGUUGAAGCAGAAAAUUUCCUAGGAGUUGACAUGAAAAAGAAGAUAAUCUCCAAGAUAUCUCUUCCUCCUCUUCCCGCUGAUAAAUAUGAGCUACGCACUUUCAAGAUCACUCCAAGAGCACAAAAUGCUCAUGCAUAUGUUAACGCAGGUUUUCUCUUUGAAUUCACCUCUGGAAGAGAUAAGGUUCAAUCUGCACGAAUUUGCUAUGGGGGCAUUAAUCCUAAAUUCAUUCGAGCAACGGCUUCGGAAAGGAUUCUCUCAGGAGUUGAUUUAUUCAGCAAUGAGACUCUGAAGAAGGUGAUUGAUUCCCUGAAGGAUGAACUCAAGUGUGAUUCUGUUAUGCCAGAUCCUCUGCCUGAAUACCGCGAAAAAUUGGCCAUGGGGCUCUUCUACAAGGCUAUAUUGAGCCUAGCUCCUGCUUCAAGGGUCAAGAAGGAAUUCCAGAGUGGUGGGAGUCUCAUUGAGAGACCACUGUCGAGUGGAAAACAAUCUUUCGAUACGUACAAAGAAAACUGGCCACUUACUGAACCCGUGGACAAACUUGAAGCCAUCAUCCAAUGUUCCGGAGAGAUCAAGUACACCAAUGACUUCCCUACCCUUCCUGAUGAACUUUGGGCAGCCUUUGUACAUGCUACUGAGGUGCAAUCCAUCAUCAAAGAUGUAGAUCCUGCGGAUGCCCUUAAAAUCCCUGGAGUUGUAGCUUUCUUCGGGCCCAAGGAUAUUCCAGGCAACAACAAUUUCUCUCCUAAAAGUCUCAUGGGAGGUGUUGAAGAGAUCUUUUGCAGCGAAAAAGUCCUCUUUAAUGGACAACCAGUGGGCAUGAUCGUGGCUGAAAGAUUUGAUCUGGCACAAGAAGCUGCCAAACUCGUCAAGAUCACCUACAAACGUCCAGAGAGUUCAAGUACGAUUUCAUCCCUGUAUCGCUUCCUUGUAGGCGAUUCUACUCAUGCUACAGGUCCGAUUUAUCCUACGAUUCGAGACGUCUUUGAAGCUAAAGAUUUUUCCCGGGUACACAAUACUCGAGUCUUCCAGAAGGCAGAAACCUCUGGCACUGGACAAACACGCAAGAUCACCGGACACUUUGAGAUUGGUUCUCAAUAUCACUUCUCAAUGGAGACUCAGACCACAGUAGCUAUGCCCAAUGAGGAUGGAAUUGAUGUGUAUUCCUCUACUCAGUGGAUGGAUCUUGUACAGAUAGCAAUUGCAGAAAUGCUAAAUAUCCCUGAAAGCAGCAUUAAUAUGCAAGUACGCCGCCUAGGUGGCGCCUAUGGCUCAAAGAUUUCCCGCGCAACUCAGAUUGCUUGUGCUGCUGCCCUAGCAUGUCACUUGCUUAAUCGUCCAGUUCGAUUUGUUCUGACGAUCGAGUCGAACAUGAAGGCGAUCGGAAAGCGAUAUGCCUGUGUCAACGAUUAUGAAGUCGAGGUGGAUGAUCAUGGAAAACUUCAAAAGCUGUCCAAUGAAUUCUGGCAUGAUUACGGAUGCAGUUUGAAUGAGGAAGUUGGUGGUCAAGCGGCAAGUUUCUUUAAGAAUGGUUAUGUAGAUGAUCACUGGGAUGUCAAGUAUCAUGCGGUCCAGACAGAAGCUCCAAGUCAUACUUGGUGCAGAUCACCAGGAACAACUGAAGGAAUUGCCAUGAUUGAAAAUAUUAUGGAACACAUUUCUAAGGAUAUGGGAUUAGAUCCUGUGGAAGUGAGACUCGCAAAUAUGCCAGAAAAUAGCCCAUUGCGAGGGAUUGUAAAGGACUUUGUUAAAUCUGUGCAGUAUUAUGAGAGAAAGAAGGAGAUUGAGACGUUCAAUACUGAAAACCGAUGGAAAAAACGUGGAAUUGCAAUUGUUCCCAUGAAAUACCUCCUGGAUUACUUCGGGUCUUACCCAGCUUUUGUGGCCAUUUACCAUGGAGAUGGUACUGUAGCAAUAUCCCACGGAGGAAUUGAAAUGGGCCAGGGGCUGAAUACAAAAGUGGCUCAAAUUGCUGCCCAUGUCCUUGGAGUCCCACUUGCUUCGGUCAAAGUUAAACCCUCCAAUAAUCUCGUGGGAGCCAAUUCCUUGGUCACUGGCGGCAGUCAAACUUCAGAGGCUGUCGGAUUUGCCGUUAUGAAAGCCUGUGAGAUACUUUUAGAGCGCAUAAAACCAGUGCGAGAGAAAAUGAAGGAGGCAUCGUGGCAGGAGAUUGUUGGAAAGUGCUUCGGUGAGAGCAUUGAUCUCACUGCUUCGUACCUCUACAAAAAGGAAGAUACCACAUCCUAUGAUAUCUGGGGUGUGAGCUGUGCUGAGAUUGAGAUUGAUACGCUUACGGGAUUAUUCCAACUGCGUCGAGUGGAUAUUUUGGAGGAUACUGGUGAGAGUUUGAGUCCAAAUGUAGAUGUGGGACAAGUUGAAGGGGCUUUCGUGAUGGGAAUCGGAUACUGGUUAUAUGAAAAGUUGGUCUUCAAUCGUCAAAAUGCAGAACUUCUCACUGAUCGCACAUGGACCUACAAACCUCCAGGGGCUAAGGAUAUUCCUGUGGACUUUAGGAUUACCUUCCUGAAGAAUUCUUCAAAUGCUGCUGGAGUUUUGAGAUCGAAAGCUACGGGAGAACCUGCCCUUUGCAUGUCAAUUGUGGUCCUAUUUGCUUUGAGGAAUGCUCUGGAUGCGGUACGAAAGGACUCAGGGGCUUCAGAUGGAACCUACUACAGCUUAGGAGCUCCAACAACCCCUGAGGAUAUUCUUAUUCUUGCUGGCAACAGCACUGAUCAGUUUAGCCUUUAAGACCCUCAAUAAGAACACAUUUAAGCAUAUUAUUCCAAGAAAAUACUUUAUUUCUUCUCUAAUGGUUUUUUUCUUCGAUAUGUUUAGAGGUGAGUUUCUUGCACAAUUUUUCAAAUACAUCUAAGAUUAUUAAGGUUUUAUGUUUUUUUUUAGUAAAUAAAAUCAUUUCGACAUAAAAA